GGAGCGGGCGGCUGCCGUGCGUGCCUGCCAGCCAGCCGGAGCCCCGGGCGGACGCGGCGGGCGGCAGUCGGGUUGAGGGACGCGGCGGGGGUUCCAGCUGCCCUCCGCAGCUCGAGCACCCCACUUCCUUCCCUCCCCUCCCUUGCGCUCCGGCCUGGGGUCUCGGGGCGGGGAGCGGAGGGAAGGGACGACGGAGGAGGAGGAGGGUUCGCGGAGUAAGGGGCGGAGGGGGUCCCGGCGCGGGGCGAAGCGCGCGCUGCCUCUCGCUCUCCCGCCGCUGCCUGUGCCUCCUCGCGCGGUGCCGCGGCCCUGGGGCGCCCGCACUAUGCAGGGGGACUGUCGGCCGCCGCGAUGGCGAGCCGGGCGGUGGUGAGAGCCGGGAGCAGCCCUCAUCGUCUCCUAGUCCGGGCCGCGGCCGCCGCCCCCGCCCGGGCCGCGCUCCCCCUCUCCCGCUCCUGCCCCCUCCCUCCCCGCUCCGACUCCUCCUCCCGCAUGCCUCUGUUCCUCCUCCUCUUACUUAUCUUGCUCCUGCUUCUCGAGGACGCCAGAGCCCAGCAAGGUGAUGGAUGUGGACAUACUGUACUAGGCCCUGAAAGUGGAACCCUAACGUCCAUAAACUACCCACAGACCUAUCCUAACAGCACCGUUUGUGAAUGGGAGAUCCGUGUAAAGAUGGGAGAGAGAGUGCGCAUCAAAUUUGGUGACUUUGACAUUGAAGAUUCUAAUUCUUGCCACUUUAAUUACUUGAGAAUUUAUAAUGGAAUUGGAGUUAGCAGAACCGAAAUAGGCAAAUACUGUGGUCUGGGGUUGCAGAUGAACCAUUCAAUUGAAUCAAAAAGCAAUGAGAUUACAGUGCUGUUCAUGAGUGGAAUUCAUGUUUCUGGAAGAGGAUUUUUGGCUUCAUACUCAGUUAUAGAGAAGCAAGAUCUAAUUACUUGUUUAGACACUGCGUCCAGUUUUCUGGAACCUGAGUUCAGCAAGUACUGUCCAGCUGGUUGUCUGCUUCCUUUUGCUGAGAUCUCUGGGACAAUCCCUCAUGGGUAUAGAGAUUCCUCGCCAUUGUGCAUGGCUGGUGUGCAUGCAGGCGUAGUGUCAAACAUUUUGGGUGGCCAGAUCAGUGUCGUAAUUAGUAAAGGCAUCCCGUACUAUGAAAGUUCUUUGGCUAACAACGUAACGUCUGUGGUGGGACACUUAUCUACAAGUCUUUUUACAUUUAAGACAAGUGGUUGCUAUGGAACACUGGGCAUGGAAUCUGGCGUGAUCGCUGAUGCGCAAAUAACCGCAUCAUCUGUGCUGGAAUGGACGGACCACACAGGGCAAGAGAACAGCUGGAAACCCGAAAAGGCCAGGCUGAAAAAACCUGGACCUCCUUGGGCUGCUUUUGCCACUGAUGAAUAUCAGUGGUUGCAAAUAGAUCUGAAUAAGGAAAAGAAGAUCACAGGCAUCGUAACCACUGGUUCCACCAUGGUGGAGCACAAGUACUAUGUGUCGGCCUACAGAAUCCUGUACAGUGAUGAUGGGCAGAGGUGGACUGUGUACAGAGAGCCUGGUGUGGAGCAGGACAAGAUAUUUCAGGGAAACAAGGAUUAUCACCAGGAUGUGCGGAAUAACUUUUUGCCACCAAUUAUUGCACGUUUUGUUAGAGUGAAUCCUACCCAAUGGCAGCAGAAAAUUGCCAUGAAAAUGGAACUGCUUGGAUGUCAGUUUAUUCCUAAAGGUCGUCCUCCAAAACUUACUCAACCUCCACCUCCUCGGAGCAGCAGUGACCUCAAAAACACUACAGCCCCUCCAAAAAUAGCCAAAGGUCGUGCCCCCAAAUUUACUCAACCACUACAGCCUCGAAGUAGCAAUGAAUUUCCUGCAUACACAGAGCAAACAACUGCCACUCCUGAAAUCAAAAAUACUACAGUAACUCCAAAUGUAACCAAAGAUGUAGCCUUGGCCGCGGUCCUUGUGCCUGUGCUGGUCAUGGCCAUCACCACUCUCAUUCUCAUACUAGUGUGUGCUUGGCAUUGGAGAAACAGAAAGAAAAAAACUGAAGGCACCUAUGACUUACCUUACUGGGACCGGGCAGGUUGGUGGAAAGGAAUGAAGCAGUUUCUUCCUACCAAAUCUGUGGAGCAUGAGGAAACCCCAGUUCGCUACAGCAGUAGUGAAAUGAAUCACUUGAGUCCAAGAGAAGUCACCACAGUGCUGCAGACUGACUCUGCAGAGUAUGCACAGCCACUUGUGGGAGGCGUUGUUGGCGCACUGCAUCAGAGAUCUACCUUUAAACCAGAAGAAGGAAAAGAAGCAGGCUAUGCUGACCUAGAUCCUUACAGCUCCCCGGUGCAAGAAGUUUACCACGCUUAUGCGGAACCACUCCCAAUUACUGGGCCUGAGUACGCAACCCCCAUCGUCAUGGAUAUGUCCGGGCACCCCACAGCUUCAGUUGGUCUGCCCUCAACAUCCACUUUCAAAGCUGCAGGGAACCAACCUCCCCCUCUAGUGGGAACAUACAACACUCUUCUCUCCAGGACUGACAGCUGCUCCUCAGCCCAGGCCCAGUAUGAUACCCCAAAAGGUGGGAAACCAGGUCCAAGUUCCCCAGACGAAUUGGUGUACCAGGUGCCACAGAGCACACAGGAGGUAUCAGGAGCAGGGAGGGAUGGUGAAUGUGAUGUUUUUAAAGAAAUCCUUUGAAGGUGAUGCUGCUUUUUACAAAGCAUCGUUUUAAAAGCACAUGGCCUUUUUUUUAUUGUAUUAGUGGUAGUAAUAUAUAGAACACAUUACGUAUCUGUCACGGAUGUGGUUGGGGGAAAUGUGAUGACCGAGGUACAGGAAACUACUAAUUUUGUCAUCUUGCUUUAAAAGUGUUACUGUGGCACAGUUACUGCUUGCCUAUUGAAUUUCAAACAUCCUGUUUGUUACUACUGUAAAACACUAUUUUAUACAGAAAAAGUUCCCUACUGUGCACUUCAGAGAAAUUAAAAAUCACUGAGAGUAUUUAUUACCAAUGCUGCAGGUACAUUGAUGAACUCGAGAUGGCUCUGUAAGCCUUUCUGGCAAUAACGCAUGGUACUGUUCUUAAAAUGUCUAAUGGCUUGAAACUCUGCUCUUUGUGAAAGGUGGGUACUAUUAUGAUUUCUUCCUCUUCUAUUCCUAUAUUGCUUUCUGAAUUUUUUUUUUAAAAGUGAUAUAAUCAUUGUUUUGAUUACAGUCAUGUAUACUUACCCAUCUUUCCUUAGGAAGAGCUGUAGCUGGGAAACUGACCCGUAGCGAGCAGAGUGAUUUUUCACUUUCUGACACUCUGACGAGCUUUAACAUUUCAUAGUACAUGACCUGGUCUCAUCCCUGUGUGUUCCACCUGGGGCCCUUGGUGGCCGGCCCCAUUCUUGUGUUAUUUAUAAAUGUUUUUUCAGUGGGUGAUGCUUGCUUUAUCAACCUCAUUAAUUCAGAUUCCCUAAUGUUUGUUUCCAUGUGGGAACAGGAACAACUUUACAAAUUAAAAAAGCUACAAAGGAGAUUCUCCCCCCUCCCCAAACUUUAUUUGCAAUGGAAUUUUUCCUAGGAGAGUUGUGAAAAGUUGAGAGCUUUCUAAGUGAACACUGUAAACAAUAGCCACUUACAUUUAUCACCAUGAAAGACAAAGUCAUUCCUCAGGAGUCAUAUAAAUUACCACCCCCCGCCCCCCAGAAUAACCAGAUUUGUCCUCUUUGGUUUUAUAUACACAGAAAUAUUUGUUUUCCACAGUAAACUACUAUAAGAAAUGUAAGCCCAGCAUGUACUCUUCAGCUCUGUGUGAUUAUGCCAUCUGUGUGGCAGGGGGGGGUGAGUAGUCCUUUAUAUCAUACCUAGGGAACAGAUGUUUCAGCAUUCUAGCAAGGGAAAACUCCUGUCUUGUGUUGGAUACCUCUGGGCAACUUCUUUGUCAUCGUUUGCCCAGAACCAGUUUAAAUGACUGAAAUAGAAAUCAUCUGCAAUUUACUAGCCUUAGUGGAAGAAACCACCUUUAAAAGUCUUUAGACUGUUAAGAUGAUAUGAGAAGCUGACCAUAUGAUUAAAAUAUACAACUUUGACAUCCCCUCUUCUAUAAACCUUAGUUUGCAGGCUUAAUAUUGAAAUGUACUUCCCCAUCAGGUUCUAGUCAUUUCUUUUAGCCUGUGCCACCAGAGGAUGAUGGCAGAAUUUGCUAAAUUUGACUUAACAGUGUUCAUUUUGCUUGCUUCCGUGAGUCUUUCAGUUUUGUAAAACAUUGCUUCAAAACAGAACUGCCUAUUUUUACAGCCUCCCUGCCUUCUAGUUGUAUGAUUUUGUUGGUCUUAUUUUCAGUUUUUUCCUUUUUCCAGCAAACUUUUCAGGCAUAAUUUUAUUCACUGAAAAAAGCCAAUACACAUUUUGUUUCAAGAUAUUUGAAACAAAAAGCACAAAUGUUGAACUUUUAUUAAAAUAGAUAUGAAUGUGUAAAGCACAUAUAUUAAUACAGUCAUCCCCUUUCAGGUGGGAAGAGAGUAAACCAAUUGCUUUAUUUUUUUAUUCAUCCUUGGUACACAAAAAUAUACUUUUUCUCAAUCAUAUGCCUGUUUGAAGCUUUAAGAAAAAUGAUUUCAGUAACUAUUUCAUUUUUCCAAAGAUGCUUGCUAUUUUUGUUUGUGUGUACCUGAUUGUUUUCCCAUAGAACUUUUUUUUUUUGAGAAGCAAACGUUUUCUUAAAUAAUGCAUGUUUUAAGACUUGAUUCAUAUAUUGCCACUGUGCUGUCCUUGAACUACCAAUAAUUUUUAUAAAAUACCUAGUUUUUACUACUAUUAUAUAUUUUACUUUCCAAAUGACAAGCUGAGCCUGAUACAAAGGGUUGUUCUGGUUUGUACUUUUUAAGUCAUAUGUUUUCAUAUUAAGAGUUUUGUUUUGGGGGGGGGGGGGGUUGUUUUGUUUUUUCUAACGUGACUAUGUCUGAUAUAUAUACAGCUUUGGAGACAAUCAAGUAACAACUGAAAAUGUGAAAAUAACCAUUUUUUUACAAAAUUUCCUUGAAUUUUUAUUCUUUGCUUGAAACAUGUGAAAGACUUAAGUCACUGUGGCUUAUUGGAUUAAAUUUUUUCCUGUUAAUGCAAUUAUAAAAAAUAGAAUCAGACAUUGGUGCAGGAAAUGUGGCCCUUAAGGUUUCAUAAAAUUACACUGACUUUGCUGUUACUUGAUUUAGGAACCAGCACAGUUAAAGGUAAGAUAUUGUGAAUGCUGAUUUAUGUUUUGUUAAAAGCUGUAACUCUAAACAGAUCCUACUGGUUUUGCAGGGUCUAGCCCAGUUAUUUAAAUUCACGUUUCACUAUAUGCACUUUGCAUUGAACAAUGGGUUUAUUCGCUGUUGAAAUGGUUCAAGUAGAGGAUUUAUACAGUAUUUGAAAUUAUGAUGUUACAUACACACUUGCUUUUCUUCCCUCAACCCACAGGAGGGAACAGAAAAUGAGCUCAUUAAAUAAUGAAUGUGGCCAUAAUUCUAUGGAAUGUGAUAAAGCUUGAACUUCUUUCCCUGGGCUCCACAUUGUCACCUGGAGAGCAAGAGGGUUAUAGAAACACCAUGUCAGAUAAUACAGUUAGAAAGGACGAAUAGAUUAGGUGGGACAAUAAAAGCUUUUCAACCCCUCUUAAAUCAAUGAAGCUCUGCUUAUUUUUAAGAAAAAAAUUAUUACCUAUUGGCUCUGCCUUUCAGUUCUGAACUUGACGUCCCUAAACUGCAAAAUCUAAGAGUUGGAUAUUUUUAGGUCAACCAUGGCACCAGUUCUCAUUUAAUCCAACUUGUGACUAGUUUCUUCUCUCAUCUCCUCUUCUUUUUUUGGCACUGGGAAAGGUAGAAACAAAACACGUAUUGAAAUACGUAUUGGAAAUAGAAAUGGCUUGAGUGUCAGUGAUAUUCUCCCAGAAUGUACUUUUCUUACCUCGGCACGUACUGUAGUCACUCAGUAUUUGUAUAUGUUGCUAGAAUUUAGAUUGUAUAAAUGGUGAGAUUUUAAUGUGUUCUUGUGUUUUUAAUAAAUUGUGUAUGUGUGUCUUGUUCA